AUGCAUUUUGUGAAGUGGGAUGAAACAAAGUAUGAGCGUCUAGGUGACUUCUUAUUGAACAACCACACAACGGCAUGGAGAAUAGUUCAAGAAAGCCUAGAAAUCCUCGAGACAACAAGGCAGAUGGACCCCAACUUUGAACCUGAUGUGCAAUGCCCACAAUGGCUGGAUGAAGAGCACAACUACAUAUCCUCACUUCAGUUUGAGCCCCAAGAUGAAAAGGCGAAGGUCGUGUAUUUAGAGGCCACAGAGCAUCUUGAGCGUGCAGAGGAAACCGUACGCUACUGGAUAGCGCAAAUAGCUGUCCAGGCUAGGCUACCACCCCAACAUGCUGACCGACAUUUGCGAGAGGCAAACGAAGCUGUUGAGAGCACACGCGCCGCUCUGGCAACGUUGGGGUUAGCUCUACCGGCCAUGUCUCGUACACGACCUUGGGUGCCUGGUUCUCCUGAGCGGCUUGAAGCAAUCGCUCUGCGCCAGCAGAGGGAUUAUAAUCACCUCCUUGAUGAUCUCGAGCAUCGUGCAAUAUCGCAUAUCGUGAUUUUACGGGGCCGUGACGAUGUACGUGAGAAACCAUGGGCAAAGCCCCUUCUCCGCAAGGCCACCCGAGCUUGGCAUAAGCUUCAACGAGCCCGUGAAGAAAUUGACACUGUCAGACUUGAAGCUCAUCAGGUAUGGACCUCGAUGGAAAAUGAGGAGGCUUGGCUGCGAGGUGCCAUUGAGAACACUCGAUCGACCAAUCCCGCUCUGGCAAGAUAUAUUUCCGCUACUUCCCAAUACCGCCUCAACGUCAAUGCACACCUACGUUCCAAACUCGCCCAGCUGGAUAAGCUCGCACAUUUUUUAACUGGUGACGGGGAAGGGACGACGAGCGGACCACCAGCGAGCCCUGACACUUGUGGCAGCCCAGAAAACACGAAUAGCAACCCACCAAACAUACCACCCAAUGAAACCCCCUCCACGACACUGCCCAGCUCAACCACCAAUCUCAUACCCUCUGAUGAUAUCGAUGGUGGGAUGGCGGAUGGGGGGCUGGAAACUGAGAAUGAGGAGGUUGAGGAGUCUCAUCGCCUGAUCGGUCGAAUCGCCAGUGCUUUGGAGAGCCUUGAUUUAAACUUUGUCUGA